AUCUAGUGUCCGAAUACUCGAAUAUCGAGCCUGCGUCUUAAAGGUCGAUCGGGGGCGACUCCGAUGCCGAACCAUGCAUAUUUUCGACAAGGGAAGGUUUGAUCUCCUAGCUAGUUGUCGACUUUAUCAAAGAGAGCUAUUUCCGCAUUUUAGGGUCGAGUGAUCCGUUGCGGCUCCAUUGCACUACGCGUGUCAUGGCAUAUUUCACCCCAGCUGACUUGCAACUACACAAACAUGACGAGAAGGCACACAAAUUCCUACAAGUCGCACCUCAAGAUGGCCCAGCAUCGCCGUACCUCCGGCCAGGUGCAUCCAACGUCCUGUCGCGGUCGCCAAUACUUGUAUUGAGUACGUUAGAUUCCGCUCAAAACCCAUGUAUCACGGUCUGGGAAGGGAGAGCUGGUUUUAUUAAAGGUAUUGGGCAGUCCAACGUGGUCAUAAGAGCUAUUGUGAAUAGGGAGCAUGACUUGGUGGCAAAGGAGUUACUUGGUUCUAGAGCAAUUGGAGAGGUUAUGUUGGAUGGUCGUCCUACAAAAAUGGUUAGCAUGCUUGGAAUCGAUCUUGAAGCACAUAUAAGAGUAAAGCUAUAUGGUCGAUUGGUAUCUGGUGCUCUAGCUGAAGUUGGGAACGGCACUAACGAGGUACUGCUUGUUAUAACAGUGGAACGAAGUUUUAUAACCCGUCCGGGGUCGUUCAGCCCGAAGCACGUGUUACCAAACUUUUUUUUGCCUCGGCUUAUAUCACAGUCGCUACCUUUGAUACCCGAAAUUGUCAACGUCCUUGCAAAAGCAGAAGUUCUGUUUAUAUCAUCUUCAAAUCAUAAUCUCUACUUGGAUAUAGACCAGCGAAGUGGCCCUCCAGGUUUUGUACACCUCAGUGCAAAUGACGAGAAUGGCUGUACACUUGCCUACCCUGAGUACUCUGGCAUUCGAUUAUACCAAACAUUGGACAAUAGAGGCAAGAUCCCUACAGCCGCACUACUUUUUCCGGACUUCAGUACUGGCAACGCUGUUUUUAUAACAGGAAGAAAGGAAGUACUAGCGCGUGAGGAUGCAAUCCGAGUAUUACCGCGGAGCAACAUUGCGGUCAGGAUCACUGUUCAGUCCGUGCGGUAUAUUGAGCACGGCUUGACAAUCUAUGCUAUGCGAAGUCCCCGGGCCUCAAACGCAUAUGGUACUUCUUCCGUUGAGCAGGUGCUCUACGAUAAAUCCCAAAAGAAGCAGAUCUUUGCAAGACUAGUUGACAAGCAGCUAUUAACGCCGACAGUCGCCCGAUUUGGGUUUCACAUUGUUGAUGCUAAAGAGACAAGCCAAUGGGAGCCAGGUCAGUAUGUUACGCUGGGUUUCGAGAGGCUACUCGGCCCUCAACUAAGGAGUGACGCCAGAGUCUCUGAGAAUACCUAUGCUCGGAAGUUUACAAUUUCCUCGGGAGCGGGCGAAUUUUUAGGGUAUUGUCGAUUUGAAAUUACUAUCCGCAAAGUCGGCAUUGCCACAGAGUACCUGUUUAGUCAGGAUGGGGAGACUGGGGUCGAGAUCCCCAUUAGAGGAUUUGGCGGCGAAUUCAUCUUCCAGCAGAAAGCUCUGGAGACGAUUGGGUUCGUAGCUGGGGGCGUGGGAAUAACGCCAUUGCUAGCUCAGACUGGCCGUCUCCAUCUGCCUCGGACGCGGGUGUACUGGACAGUGAGAGCUGAGGACCUUGGUCUGGUCGUGGAUUCAUUCGAGAAAGCACCGGAAUUAUGCGGCUGCACACGGUUGUUCGUAACCGGCGAGAUAGGUGAUGAGGGUGCUCAAUAUUUGACCAAGCUUGGUGCUAUGGAGGCCUCGGUAGAAAUGCGUAGGAUGGCGUGCGAUGACCUGCAGCUGAACUUUGAUAGCCCGAACGCUGCUAUCAAAAUGUGGUACGUGUGCACCGGAGCGGCUCUUCGAAAGACGUUAUUGGAGUGGUUGAAUGAUCGGAAUGUGAUUUUCGAAACAUUCAACUUUUGAAGACGAACCAGCAAAAGUGAUCCCGAGAGUUUUGAGCGUCCUAUCAAUGCGUUCUUGUCGAGCCUCUAGCAGAUGUCGGACGACCCGCUGAGAUAUAAAGAAAAGAGCCCGCGGCGGGUGAAGGGAGGGUGG